AUGGAUAUGACACAAGACUUCUCAGCAGGAAUGCUAUCAUUCAUCGACCAGCCCGAGUUCGACUACAGUGCGUUUCUCCAAACUGACGAUAUCAACUUUGGCGAGAGCGCUCAGAGCCAACUCCAAGCACCCUCAGAUUCCUCGGGAAAAUAUACCCCGCCAAGCUCAACGUCAGGCUCAGGCGGCGAAGUAGCUGUCCGGUCUUCAGCUCAGAAACAAAGACUUGAGCGGAAAGGUCACACCAAGAGUCGACGAGGAUGCUACAACUGUAAAAGAAGACGUAUCAAGCAUGAAUAUCUCAUGCAUGCAAUCCUUGGCUUCUCAGCAUCCGAACUCAUGAGGAACGACGCCAGUGUCAUAUCAUCAGCCAUGAACCACCGCAUCAAGGCAAUUAGAGCCAUCAAGAAACGCCUAGCAGAGACUACUAGAACAUCGAUGGAAUACGAGGAAGCAAAUGCCAUGAUUGCCACCUGUUACGCUCUAACCUUUCAAUCGGUGAGUCUCGAGGACGGACUGGCCGAAUACUUGACGUUUAUCCGAGGCAUCAUGAUUGUGGGAAUGCAGAUGAUGUUCCGUGGCAUCAAGCCGAUAUUUGAAAACAUGAUGGAGCAGGACCAAUCUGCUCUUCUUGAGCCUCUGAUGCAGGGCCUCCCGCUCAUACCAAAGGGCUUGACUGAUUCCGCUAUGGAAGCUCUCACGAAACUCAAGCCAUUGUGUACAGCACCGGUCGAGGUUGAAUAUCACCAGCACCUUCUCAACAUAGUGGAGAAGCUCUACGUCAACUCCUGGGAUGCAUAUAAAGCAUACACAGCCCAGUACGGCUGGUGGAUGCUUCUCCCGCACGACACAUUCCAAGCUCUCAUCGACCCAGACAACCAAGUCAUGAUGCUACUCCACGCGCACUGGGUCGCUAUAAACGAGGUGAUGUCACCUAUCAGUAAACAGGAGCGGCACGUGUCAGAGAAGCCCCCCCGUGAUCGAGAGGGAAAGCCGGACCUCGACCCUGGCUUUGCGCGGUGGUUGAAGCACCUCAACGCCAACCUUGACCUCGAGCAUCAGAGGUAUAACCAAUGGCCGAUGUGGGUGGAAAAGCAGCUAGAUGAUGAUAUGUCUUUCUUUGGAAGGAUUUAG